AUGGAAGAAGACCGUUCUGGUUCAUUCAAUCCUCCAUUAUGGCGACAACGACGAACCUUCAUUCGCGACAUUUUGCAAAAGCAUAAUGUGUCUACUGUACUCGAUUACGGUUGUGGUGAAGCGUCAGUGCUGUCAUUCCUGAUUUCACCUACAAAUGAUCCUGUUCAAAUCACUAAACUCGCUGGAAUCGAUAUUAAUCCAGACGUGUUGCAGGAGGCUGUGCAAGCGUGUCAACCAUGGCCGGACGACUAUACGCACCUGCGCGAAAACCCAUUAAUCAUCGAUAUCUAUCAAGGGUCAGUGGAUCAGUUCGAUAAACGAUUGGUGGGAUACGACGCGCUCAUCUGCUCAGAAGUCAUUGAACAUUUGUUUGCACCCACACUCGACAAGUUUUUGGAUACAACACUAGGCCAAUAUGCUCCUCCAUUGAUGGUUAUCACCACACCAAACGCUGAAUACAAUGUAAACUUUGAUUCGUUACAAUAUGGCACGCCCAACGCUGUUUUUCGUCACGACGAUCACAAGUUUGAAUGGACGCGCCAAGAAUUCGAAGCAUGGUGCCGUGCUGGUGCAGACAAGUAUGACUACGAUGUUGAGUUUCAGGGUAUUGGACUCGUUGAAGGCAAACGCGAUGAUCUAUCGUUCGGUCACUGCACCCAGGCUUGCAUUUUUAUUAUCCGUAAUCCAUCGCAACAACACAAACAACAUCCGCAACAGCAACAGCAGCAGCAAGCUGAUGCCACACCUCAUCAGCUUGUUCUACACACUGAAUUCCCGUAUUACCGUGAACCAGCCUUACCAGAAGAGCAGGCACUGAUUGAAAUCGAAACAUACAUUGCUUCAUUGUGUCAAGUCGAACCAGAAGAAGACAACAAACAGCAACACCGUCGCCGGGAGUGGCAGCAUCAACAAGAGCCAUUAGUUCUUAAAUGGUGCUCCGAUUGGACUACCAUUGAUACCACUUCUACUGCCACGUUCACUGCCCCAAAAUCGUCACCAUCAGCACCAUCAACCCCACCAUUGACUGAUGACAAUAGUGACAACAACAAUGACAAUCCUCAAUCAAAGCGUUACACGCGUGUACCACAACGAUUUCCCUAUUCAAUACUUUGGGAUAUCUUACGUAUCCGACAAGUAUGCAAAAGUGAACAGCGCAUGAUUCAAAUUUUGAGAGCAAAUCCAGCAAACUAUCAAAUUGAAGGAAAGGACCUUGUCGUUCUAAAGGCGUUUAAAGUGGUUGAUGACGAACAAGAAGACGAUUCUAUUAGCACAGUCUCCUCCGACCCCGAUGGAGAUUAUUUCUCAUGA